AAAAAGUUUUUAAUUAAUUUUGGUUGGUGGUGCCGUCUACCGCGAGAGAAGGGGAGAGAGAGGGAAGGGGGAGGCAGGAGGAGGAGCUUGCCGCGACCAUGGAUUCCGACCUCUGGAUCUCGCGCCUCACGGCCGCCAAGCGGCAGUAUGCGCUGCAGCGCGCGCAGCGCCACCGUGCCACCCUGGCGUCCCACCACGAUCGUUUUGGGUCCGAUGAUAUUGAACCAGAGGACGACAUACACUCAGACUUCCCAUGCCCUUACUGCUAUGAAGAUCAUGACAUUACAUCUCUUUGCACCCAUUUGGAGGAUGAGCACCCUUUUGAGUCUAAAGUUGUGGCUUGCCCCGUUUGCUCGGCUAGGAUUUCGAAGGACUUGUUGGAUCAUAUAACCCUUCAGCAUGGCUACCUGUUUAAAUUGCAGAGACAUCACAGAUCACGUAGAGUUGCUGGUACUGGCAACCACACUCUCUCCUAUGCAGGGAGAGAUCUUCAAGAGACCUACUUAAAGGUGCUUCUUGGAAAUAGUGGUCGAAGCAGUGGUACCAAUGCAUCAAGCUCGGUUCCUGAUUCACUGCUAUCUUCGCUAGUUUUAAAUUUAUCUUCAUCAGAAGCAGAAAACACAUCAAAAUCUUCCGCUCCUGCUGUGGUGGAAAAUAAUUGGUUUAAAAGAGCACUACCUUCAAAGACUUGGAAGGCAAGCUUUCGAGAAGCUAUUUUGUUAAAUCCAGUAUAUAAGCCCUUGCAAGGGUCAACAGCUCAAUUGCGUAGGUGAUAUGCCGAAGAGUAAAUUGCACUGCGGGUACAAGAUCUUGCAUGGUGGGUGGAAAUAAGUCAGAACGGGACAGCAGAUCAAAUGCAUCAUUAAUCUUGGUUUAGUGUGCAAGCUUGGUGCAAAACUAGCCACGCUGGCACUUUUGGCACCUAAUCAGAUUCCAGCGUGGCAAUGGGGCUGGUGCAGCAUUGCACUCUUCUGCACGUCGGAGGGCCUCCGCAUGAGUUGGUCGGCUACGGGGUUCAAGAAGAACGCAACAGAGUCAGUCCCAAACAAAAGGGCGAAGGAGAACAUGGUGGAGGAAGUGGACGUGUGCAAGUCUCCUCCGAAGGUGCCACAGUGGAUUUGCUUUUGGUCUAAAAGAAAAAUCGUGUCAUAUAUAAAUUUCUAGGCUAACAGGUUCUGAUUUCAAGUAUAUAUGGUUAAUUUCGGGUCGGAUUUCAGAUUAUGGCUGCAUGGUUUGGUUCUGGUUAGGGGGAAUGCAACGAGGCAAUUGUUUUAUUGUUUAAGUUCGGAGAUAUAUUCCGGCACGCAAGAAGCCAAAUCCAUGGAGCAGGAAUCUGAGCUAUAUUGCUGAAGUAGUAGGUGUAGAACGACUCAUGCAUCAUAUUGAGAAGUGCCAUCACCCUUGAUGUUAGCAGGCAUGGUGCCAAUGAUGUGUCCAUGUUGCUCACUGAGUCGAACUUGCUCAGCAGAUUCGUAAAGGAUGUGCAGUGCACCGCACCUAGUGUGUGCCUACUGAAGUCCGGACAGAGCACCAGCUUGGGGGGGGAGGGGGGGGGGGUUGAAACUGUGUGACUGCUGGUGCGUUGAGCUUGGACAAUGGAAUCUUGGUUAUGUCGUGAGACAUGCUGCAAGCAUGUUGGAGAAGGUUCUUAACUAAGCUGCCCUUUGGAGGCGCAUGAGCAUUCCUUGUGUUUCUGCACUUUGCAAGUGGUUUGAAUGGUAAUUAGGGGAUGAAAUGUUAGGCCAUGGUUUGGUAGUGUAACUGAGUCAAGCCUUCAUAUCCUACAAUAUAACGUAUGCAGAGAAAAGGGAAACACUCACUGUACUCAGGAGGAGCCUGGUCCUGGAGAUAAAUUUAUCAAACCAGACUUAUUAUAUUGUUCUCCCAUUGUUGCAUUAAGUUAGAUUUUUAAAUAAUACACUGUUAUAACAGAUGUACAUGUUCAAUGUUGAAAAACAAACAGGCUAAAGUUUUAUACUAGAUCCAACACUGUGGGUUCUCAUCUAGCCCUGAAGUAAGCUUGCUAAACUGUAGCGGAUGUUGGGAAAUUGAACGGAUGCCUGUGCACAGCACAAAGGUGGACCACCUGUGUGGUAGUUGAAUUCAGAUAAAAGUCGCAACCUUUGCAACCCCUCACUUUCUGUCGAGUAGACUAUGCACUGCAUCAAAUGUAGGCACAUAUUUUGAACUAGGUACACCAUUGAUCAUCACUUAUUUCUGCGUAGACAAAUUGCAAUUAUUAUGAUGGGAUUUUAACCUCUAGUAGGGAGAACUGAUGUUUUCGACAUUGGCAUUGAGUCUUCAGAGGGCAUGAUGAAAUGUUAAUGCAAUUUCUUC